UUAUUAGAUUUUUUAUAUGUUCUCUUUUCUCUCUAUAUAUUUUCAUUUAUUGCCAUUGUUAGCUUCUCAUUCUUUUUCUCUGCAUUUGCUUCAAUUUUUUUUCUUUCUUUCAAAAAUAAAAAGGUACAUCAUUUCGUAUUCACAAAAUGGGCCGUGGAGUUAGUGCUGGUGGAGGACAAAGUUCUUUGGGAUACCUAUUUGGCAAUGGGGAGACUGCUCCCCCUUCUCCAGCUCCUAAAACUAUGGGACAACCUGCAGAGGCUAGCCCUUCUCCGAACCCCGCCGUUACUUCACCGACAAUAAAUAAGGAAACUCCGGCAGGCGUCCAGGGAGACCGAACAAACAAUUAUCAACGGUCGGAUGGGCAGAACUGUGGCAACUUCAUCACGGAUCGUCCAUCUACCAAAGUUCAUGCUGCACCGGGUGGCGGAUCUUCUCUUGGCUACCUCUUUGGUGGGAGUGAGAACUAAUCUGUGCAGUCCCUGAGAAUGUAUUAAUUAUAUAGUGUUAGCAUAUAUACUAUCUUAGGAAAUGAAUAUUUGUGUGUUGGGUAUUCUGAAUUAAUCCAUGUGCAUUCUGAAGUUUAUUGUAUAUUGCUGGGACAUUUAACCUAUAAUUUACAAAUUAGAGUUCGUUCACUUUAUUUAUUGAAUUUGUCAAUCUGUGUA